AGCUAGGGGAGAGCAGAGCUGCGGACCAAUGGGAUGCAAGCGUGGACGCGAAUGCAAUGCCCGUGGUGACUCUUAGAAACCUGAUUAGUCAUGAGCAGGCGGGCGACACUGGAUCUUUGUCUCAUUCUAAAAUACUGCAGAAUCAUGCUCCUCCAUCAGUAGCUAACAAGGAGAGGCAGGCUUUCAAGCCCAAGCGUGAGGUUGACUCCGUUAAUAGAAAAGAAGUGACUUCACACUUAUUAGCCAACAACAAGGAGUUAAACCAGGAUGUGAAGAAAGUCAAGAACAACACUAAGAAUGCUGAGACUUCUACCAAAACAGGAAAGUUAGAGAAGACACUCACAAUCCACCAUAAACCAGAUUUACACGCCAAUAAAACCAGAUUUAAAGCUGGCUCGAGAUCCAGGAGCAGACCUGAUUUGAGUGCCCAUACUACAGGUGUGCCAGGGAAAGGAUUCAGCAUGGAUUCAAACCGAAAGCUGAACCUCACCGGCAGUUACGGAGUCCUGAAGCUGCUGUCAAAAGAGAACCUAGUGAGGAUUGUCAAUUCCCAAAUGCAGAGUGUUCCCAGUCUGAGCUUUCCGAGCAAGGGCAGCCGGAGCAGGAAGAGAGAUUUGAUUGACGUUAAUCAUAGACAGUUAGAGGCUCAGAAAGUGCCAAGACAAGAUAUGGCUGUCACUCAGCUUCACACUGGAUUUGAUAAUCAGACUGCAUUUCCUUAUUUAAGCCCAGUCACCACCCCAGAUAUGAAUCGAGACCAGGGAUCCAACACUCGUAUUAAUCCACUAAGUGAAGUCAACCCUGCUUUAAGCAAAGGGCAGAACAACCUGGGAAUGCAGAGUUCAGAUAGUAGUGAUAGCAAGAGCAAACACCUCGUCCGCUUACUGUCAACGCCCCGCAGUGAGGUCAGCCUUAGCCCCGAGAAAGAAGUGAUAAUCACCCAAACAGAACCACCGUUUACAUCGACAAAACAUCUCCCGCUGUAUGUUCCCUCUGAAACAAACGAUUCCCCGCUGUCUCUGCUGACAAUGCAACCCCUGGGAGUACGACCGGGGAACCGAGCGGCAGAUCCCCAUAGAGACCCAUUAACAGAGUCGGUUCACAUUACUCAAACAGAACUCAGCACAGCUCAGUACCCUGCAGAUGAAGACAACAAACUUGUCAACAGCAGUCAUGUCCUGAGGCUCCACCCAGCUCCCGAGUGGAGCCAUGACACAAAAGAUGCUGGGAUGCAAGCUGUCGAUCCAGAAAACGUGAAGGGCCUUGUGUUCGAGGAGGCAGAGUUGGAGGUGGAAGAGGAGACACGUGACCACAUGGAAGGGAAGGGGUCGCGUUCUCGCAGCAGGAGGAGCUGGAUCUGGAACCAGUUCUUUGUGAUUGAAGAAUAUGCCGGGCCUGAACCCGUGCUCAUUGGACGGCUCCACACCGACAUGGACAGGAAUGAUGGACGCACUAAGUAUGUCCUGCGAGGCGAAGGGGCGGGUUCGGUCUUUGUGAUAGACGAGAAGACCGGUAACAUCCACGUUACCAAGCCGCUCGACCGUGAGGAGAAGGACGAGUACCGUCUCAUCGCCACGGCCACCGACAGGCAGACAGACCGUGCCCUGGAGCCCUCGUCACAGUUCAUAAUUCGGGUGCAGGACAUCAACGACAACCCGCCUGUCUUUGACGAAGGGCCGUACAGCGCCACCGUGCCUGAGAUGGCAAAUAUAGGCACGUCUAUAAUCCAGGUGACAGCGACAGAUGCUGAUGACCCGACUUAUGGGAACAGCGCCAAGCUAGUGUACACACUGGUGCAGGGCCAACAGUACUUCUCUGUCGAUCCCCAGACAGGUAUUCUGCGCACGGCUGUGCCCGACAUGGACAGGGAGACCCAGGACCAGUACCUGGUGUUGCUUCAGGCCAAGGACAUGGGAGGCCACUUGGGUGGAUUAUCUGGGACCACCACCGUCACUGUCAGGCUCACUGACGUCAACGACAACCCUCCACGCUUCACGCAGAGUAUGUGGUCCUUCUCCGUUUCCGAGCUGGCCAUCCCUGGGGCUGAGAUAGGGCGUAUCUCCGCAGCCGACGCUGACCUUGGUGAGAACGCCAAGCUGGAAUAUACUAUCCUGGAGGGGGAGACUGGGGAAACAUUCAACAUCACUGGAGUAAACCAAGAGGCGGUCAUCACGCUCAAUAAGCCGGUUGACUAUGAGAGCCGGAGCUCCUACUCCUUCUCUGUGGAGGUCCUCAACCCCAUAGUGGAUCCUCGCUUCUUGCGUCGAGGCCCCUUCAAGGAUCGAGCCUCCAUCAGAGUAGCAGUGUUGGAUGCAGAUGAGCCUCCAAGGUUCUCCCGAGCUCGAUACCACAUGGAUGUGUCUGAAAACUGCCCACCUGCCUGCACUGUGGGCCGGGUCAGCGCUGUCGACCCAGAUACUGGUCUUACCAAUAAUAUCAGGUUCUCCAUUGAUCCUCAGUCAGACCCGGAGGCUCUGUUUCGUAUCACCCCAGACACCGGCCUCAUUACCACAGCCAUGGAGCUGGACCGGGAGCGCGACCAUUGGCACAACAUUACUGUCAUUGCCACCCAGAGAGACAACCCCAGCCAGGUGUCCAGAGUUCUGGUUGCAAUAGAGACAUUAGACCUGAAUGACAAUGCACCCGAGCUGGACAGGCAGUACACAACGGCCAUGUGCGACUCAUCCUCCGUCGGGCAGGUGGUGCAGGUGUUGCGGGCGAUUGAUAGAGAUGAGGGAGGGAAUGACAGCACUGUGUAUUUCAGCAUCCCCCCGGAGUCCAGCGCUGCCCUCAACUUCAGCGUCAGGGACAGUGGUGGUCCCACAGCCAGUCUGGUGCUGCUGUCCCAGCUCCAACCACUGUCUCGCUCCGCAUCCUCCACGCUGACGCUCUUUGUGCCGCUGGUCCUGAGGGACGGGACGUCAGGACUCACCAGCACCGGGACGGUCACAGUGUCCGUCUGUCCCUGCCUGAGAGGAGGGGCACGGGCCGGGGAGAAAGAGAAGGACAAACAGACAGAGGGCGAGUGGGACUGGGAAAGAGAGGCGGUGUGUCUCCCUCAGCAGUCCACACUACCUUCCCCUGGGCUCAGCACCGCCGCCCUGCUGGCUAUCCUGGCUUGUGUUGCCACACUACUGGCGGUGAGCGCCCUGUCACUGUCGCUGCGCCGUCAGAAGCGCGACUCCCUGUCACCACUGGAGGAGGACGACGUGCGUGAGAACAUCAUAACGUAUGAUGACGAGGGCGGGGGCGAGGCCGACACGGCUGCCUUUGACAUUGCUGCGCUCCAGAGCGCCCCACACAGCUCACGCUCACGUGGCUAUCGCACACUGGACAGCAGGAAUGUACGUUACGCCCAUCAUAACCAAGACAAAAGUCGUACCUACAGCUGGGCUCAGAAUCCGGGCGUGGAUCACAACUACUCAGGACAAGGAGGACCUCUCUAUGGUCGCCUCUGUUACAGCAGCCACACAUUACCCGUUCUCCGCCGUGCACCAGGUGGAACAUUUGAACCAGGCCUGGCAGAGCUGGGAUACCGCUAUCCUGGAGGCCAGCCAGACCACUCUCUGGUCAUCCAGAACCAGGGAGCCAUGGUGGGGGCAAUGGAGUCUGGGGCAGUGUACGUAGCUCCCACAGAUCUCAGCACAGGGAGCCGAACAGGGAGUCGCACGGGAAGCCGUGACGGGACUGCACCCCAAAGUGGGGUAAGCACGUCAGAUGGAGGAACGCCAAGGACCAGUGACAGCCAGGAGAGAGGAGGAGGGACAGGAACCGCAAGCAAUUGCACAGAGGGCAGCAAUGAGGACAAAGUGAACCACAAUCAAGAUGUGGACUGGGUGCAGUCGGAGACAUUACCCAGGGAGCAGCACCUUGUCAUGACCCGAUCCGGCUCCAUGAUUGGCCAGGGUCACGGCGCAGGAGGAUGGGUGUGCGACUCGGCUACCCUCCCCAUGGCGGGACGCAGGGCCUCUCGCACGGGCAUGUCCCCAAAACGCACAAGCUCUGGCCAGGCUGAAUCUGACUCUGAUGGACAACAGCAACCUGCCAGUGGACGCAACUACGCCACUGUCCUGCAGGGGGAGGUAUCUGGACAGAGGGACUACCCUGGCAGCUUGGGGAGAGGAGGACUAGAGAUGGGGAGCAACUUUGUGGUGGCAAGGCCAGACAGGGAGGGCGGAGGGAUAUCAUCUGUCUACCCCGAUGCAGCUGGCUUUAUUGGGGACUGGCGUGAUCGGGUGGGUCUGGGGGGGUAUGUUUUGGGCAGAAGGGAUAUAACCCCCCAGCUCUUUCCCUUCCCAGGGCAGCCUCGGGGAGCAUAUGGUGGAGUGAUGGGCUUCGGGGCCGGCUGGGUUCCGGGAAUGGAGGCUGCGAGAGGAGCUCCAGGGCCCGGGGGUCCCUCCUUGGCACUGAGGGUGGGUGAGUUCCUACGUCUGCGUCUUGCCCAGGUCACUUUUGACCCUUCGCAGCCACCGUACGACUCUGUGCAGGUGUACGGCCUGGAGGGCACAGGGUCCCGGGCUGGAUCCCUCAGCUCGCUUGAGAGCGAAGGAGAGAAGGAUGCAGAGAAAGAGGAAUGGGGGGCAGGGCUGGAAGAAUGGGGCCCUCAGUUCCAGAAAUUAGCUCAACUCUUCAAAGACAGGGAGAAAGAACGGGAGGAGAAGGAAAAAGUUGACGAGGGUGCCAAAAAGGAGAAGGAAAAGAAAGACGAGCCGGAGAAGAAAGAGAAAAAAGAGGGAGGGGAGCAGGCUGGAGAAGAGGGGAAAGACUGAGGAAGGAUACAAAUGAAACAAAUAGGGGCAAAGGGGGUAAGAGGGAAUCGGAGGAUGAUGAAAAGGCAACCAGGGCUAGAAUAAUGUGAAGAGAAGUUAAAGGAGAGAAAGAUGAAGAGGCAAAGUAAUAAAAAGAGACAGAGAAAAAUGAGCCUAGGGAGGGUGGAGAGUGCGAGGGCAGGGGGAGUUGGUGAUUGAUGUAAUUUAAAGCAAUAAGUGUUGAAACGCUGAUAUGGUUGAGCACAGAUACUGAGACAAUGCAGAGGCUGCUUCUGCUCGGGGCAGCAACAAUUUGUUAAACGCUUUGGACAAAGAAAAACAACCCAAACAUUCAAGACUCGAUUUAAUUCAACUCUCACGUAUGGAAUGAGAAACAGCAGGAAACAAGAAGAAAGACGUUUUUCUCGUCGUGUGUGUCGGUCUGCUCUUUGUGUCCGCAUGUGUGUGUUUGUGUGUGAGAGAAGUCUGCGAGGGAAUACGGAUGUGCAUAUACGUACUUGUGUGUGUGAGCGUAUACGUGUGCAUAAGAUGGAGCGAUAGAGGCAGGGAGAAAUCAUGCUACCCAGAGACAAUUUAAAGAUGAGACUGGCGACUGAUGAUACGUAAGCUGCGCCAUUAGUUUUCGGGACAACGUGCAAGAGUAAACAUUUAACGAGGAAGUUUAGAAAGUAGGAUAACACACAGGGGAUGAAAUAUGUGUUUGAAUAUAAAGCCAAUGGGACAGGGGGAUGGAUGUAUAGAGAGAGAAAAACGGUCGUGGAAGUGAGAUGAUUGUACAGAAACUGUUACUUUUUAUUCCAUCUGCAGUGGCAGAAAAGUGAAUUAUUCAGCUCACUACUUCAUUCCAAAUGAAAAUGAUGAAUCAUUUAAAUCCUGCAAAAGAUUCUCCCUCCUCUCAGCCCACGAGGAAAACAGACAUUGUGAAAAAUUUAAACGAUUUAGGGAUGUGAUCCCCCAAACCUCCCCACCCUCCACCCCUCUCAUCCCUCCAGCUUUUUGUAGUCGAGUGUUGGUAUGUUUACAAAGACUCACACACAAACACACACACAGACACAAAACAACUGAUGCGCACCAUGAGGCUUUGAUUGUACUAUGGUAAAUUAUAAAAGCAAACCCAUCCACAAGUAUUCCAUCUACUAUAUGGAGUAAUGAUGACUCUAUUAUUCAUCUCUUUAAUGUUUAUAUGGAAGAAGUCUCCUAUUUUUUAUCCCCACUGUAGUCUCACUUGACACGUCUCGAGGACAACGUAUGCAUGAUUUUUGAAAACAGCAGCAAACCUAAAAAGGCAAUCAAUUCUGUUUUGAACUAUCGUACCUCCCAAAUGAAAAUUUCCAUAGAUCUGUAAUGAAAUUAUAAAGGAACAAAACCACAGAGACUCCCACGACAGGCUUUUUGUUCUUGUUAAAGGUCAGGAUGCAAAUGAGCUGGAGUUUUCAGCUGGAAUGCACUUUUAUACUGUGUGAUGUUCAAUAAUAGAUAAUGAAUAAUGUCAAAGAUUACAGUUGUUUUAUAAGAUGUCAAUUAAACAAAAAAAAAGAUACAAUGUUUGACUGUAUGUAAAAGCAUUUCAAAUGUAAAUACCACUGAAUAUUAUUGCUAAAAGAGAGUAUAUAAAAUGAAAAAAAAAAAAAAAAAAUCUAAAGCAGAACUUGUCCAAAUGGAGCACUGUUGGGACUAUCUCUAUGUACUGUAGAUUAGAAAAUGGAGUAACGGAGCUGGAUUUAACAGCCUCCCUGGACUGAAAACAACACCAUGUAUUCAACACCUGUGUAAAACAUAAACAGGUUUGGUUUGUGGUAGUGCUCGUCUGAGAUGGACAAGCCAGAGAAUCAAUUAUACAUGUGGCCUCUGGCAGAAGUUUGUUGUGCAAAGUAUUAGUUAGAGGAAGCCUCAGAACUAGCCUGUCGCUGCGAAGGAUCCCAGCGGGACAAGGAGAAAUUCCCCGAACAGACAUACAACAGAAAUUCAGUCUCUUCCUUAAAAUCUGGGUUAUUAUUCUGCAAAAGUAAAGUGAUAAAUGAAAAUGGAAUUUGUAAUAAGUUUCUAGGACAGCUCUGUC